AUGCGCCCAGUGGGCGGUCAAGAAAGGUCUUGUGGUGCGACGGACGGACGGACGGAAGGACGACGCGUUAGUAGUGGAUGCACAAUAGUUGGAUCAGUCAGCAACAGUCGCCGCGAAAACGUGGCAGCUCCGAAAGAGAAUGGAGCCCCUGCCGCCACGUCGGAUCAGGCAACGCGUGUGCACACACUGGACAGUAGGAGGAAAGAGCGAAACGAAAAAAAAUCGGACGAAGCCAAACGUCGUUUCACGGCAUCAGAUGCGUCGUCACAAGGGGCGGGCGCUUGA